AUGGGAGAAGUGACUAAAUUUUUGGGAUAUAGGCAAGAUUUGACCUAUGAUGCUACUGAUAACAAAAAUAUUCUUUGGUAUAAUUUUGUUAAGAAUGUUCCUUUAAGUAGAAUAGAUAAGGAAUUCAUUCUUACGAAAGACAGAUCUGAAUCCAUUACUUUGGCUUUGCAAUUGGUUGAAGGAAUUAUUAAUACUAUUGAUAAUCCCAAAAUCAUUCUUGUUUGUAAGGAAAGGGAAAUGGUAGAGAUUAUAAAUGAAAACUUGCUGAAUAACCGAAUUUCUUCUUGUUAUGUUCAUGGAAACUUAACACCUGAUGAAAAGACCAUAUCAUUCAAUAGUUUCAAGAAGGACAAAGAAAAAAAAGUUCUUGUUGGGACUAAAUUGGUUUCAGAAGGAAUUAAUAUUCCAGAAUUGAAAUAUGUUAUUUUGGUUAAUUAUCUUCCUCAAAUUCACGAAUAUAUCCAGACUGCUGGAAGAAUUAGAGGGGAGAGUGCAUGUAUUACACUGUGGAAUGAAGCAUGUAGAGAUGAAUUCUCCAUCAAUUCCAAGUGUAUCGUGAGCCAAAUGAGUAGUUUCUAUGGUCUAGCAAAUAUAUUUGAGCAUGAAUCUUGUUGUGGUUCAUAUAAGUUUUUGAAUAAUAAUAAUAAUGAUAGGUUGUUGGAAGUGUUAAGUAAGAAGAAGGGAAAAAAAAUUAACGGGUUGAUAGAGGAAAGAAAUGAAAUUAUUAAAUCGAGUGUUGAGGAAGUUAUUAGAAAGAGAAAAUUUUGUACAUCAGGAACGAAUGAAAUGAUUCCUUCGAGGAAGAGGCAGAAUAAUGAUAUGGUCAUAAAUAAUAUUAAAGUUACUUUGAAAGAAGAUUUACAUGCAAAAUUUAAAAAUGCACGUAAUAUUUUUGAAUUCUUAGGAAUUACUGGAAAUUCUAAGUCAACUUUGAUUGCUGAUGGUGUCGAACAAUCCUACUUUGAUUUUCUUCUUUAUGAUUCUGAUUUUGUUUAUUAUGAUUCUGAUUUAUGUUCUGAUUGUACAGGUACUGAUGGUAUCUGUUACUGUUGGGACAAAAAAUUCACUCUAAAGCAAUGUGGUAUUAGCUGUUUUGCUUUUAUGAAAAUGGCUAUGACUGAUGAAAUGUUUUCAGCUAAAAUAAAUAAAUUAACGAAUUCAAGUCUAUUAGAAAGAACACUAUCUUUUGUUGAAAGAAAAUCUUCCAUGAAAGAGUUAUUUAAGACAAAUCUAUCUGGAUAUUGUAAAUUUGUGACCAACGGGAAUAUUCUCGAAGUGAAUAAAUCUCUUGAUUUCAGAUUGAUUGUAUCAACUUAUAACUGGCAGUGGAAAAAGCUUAAGGAUGAAAAGUUAGAUGUCUUUUGGUAUUUCUAUGAUGGGUCAUGUUGUGAUGCUACAACAUUAUGGGACGAACCAUAUGAAGUAUAUUAUAGGAAACUUGUUCGAUCGAAAUUCAGCGAUUAUGCAAGCGUUUCAUUUAAGGCCACUGAGGAUACCAGUUUUAAAUUUUUUAAAUCACUAUUUAAUUUCAAAAAAGUUAGUGAAUGUUCAAACUAUAAUGAAAUUGAAGAUAUGAGGGAACGUUCGAAAUUUGGUAAUAUUGACUUAGAUUUGUUUGUUAUUGAUAAUAAGAAAUUUCUAUUGAUGAUACUUGGUCUCUUUAUAAUGUUACAUCUCGAAACAUUUUGA